AUGACCAAGCUCGGCCUCGAGGCCAAGGACCUGGAGCCAUCCCGGACAGUGUUCCACUGCAUCGUGCCGGGCCUCUCCUACUCCCCCAUCGGCCGGAUCUGGCUUGACGUGGUGGACCUGUCCAGCGCGUACCACGCGCUGCUGGGCCGGCCUGCGCUCACCAAAUUCAUGGCGAUCCCCCACUACGCCUACCUGAAGAUGAAGCUGUCGGGUCCCAAGAUCCUCAUCACUUUCGUUGGUGACUACAGCAAGUCGCUGGAGUGCGCUCAAGCCGGUGUCAGGUUGGCCGAGUCAUUGGUCAUAGCCGAGGAGCGGCGCCAGCUCGACCGGAUCGUCGCGCUGGCCAACGAGACACCGGUCGUGCCGGUUUUGGCCAAUGAGCCGGCUAGCAGGGCCUCGUUCCAGCCGUCCAGGGAAACCAGGAAGGUCAAGCUAAACCCAGAAGACCACAGCUGCAGCGAGUAG